UCCUUCUGCACACUUGUUUAAAGCUCACAGACGGGUGAUCGCACAGAACUGAAGAGUUGUGAUUACCAACACUGAUCAAAAGUCAGGGGGACACCCACAGGGAUAUUAUUGUGCCUCAGAAGACAACUAUCGGUGAGAAAACACAAUUUGAUUUCAUUUUUCAAUAAUGUGAUUCUGAAUAUGUCAGUAAUUAUUGCUUUCAAACCACUUACACCACAGUUUUUAAAUUUCAAACAAUUUGUCCUGAUUAUUAUAAACACGUCUGUCAUCUCAAAUAUUUCUUGAAUUUUUUUCAAAGGGGGCAUUUUUUGAUGCAAGUAAAAAAAGCAAAUACAACCUUGCCAAAGCAAUCUGUUCAGUUGGACAUUUGUGAACACUCUCAGUAGAUUGGGAAUAUAAACAAAUUCUAUUAUCAUAGACUUGAGUUCAUGUUAGCAAUUAAUUAGAAAAAAUAAAUACUUGGUGGAUGAGACGGUAUGAGAUAUCACCAGACAAGAUGUCACAAUACUUUACUGUGUAGAUUUUUUCUCCCACUUCUACUUGUUAACUAUUUAAAUUAUGAAUCAUUGUUCGGAGAUACCUUGGAGAAGCUGGAAAACCUUGGUAAGGAGAGGAAGGUCUGAGAAAAUGGAUGGACAGGCUAUACAUCCAUGUGAUAGGCGUCUUAGGCCAAAAACAGUACCAAGUAUGUACUAAUAGAAAAAACAAACAAUACAGUAAUUUUUUACUGUUGUAAAAAAAAGCGUCAACGAUCAUGUAUUUAAAUAAUUGUCUAUGGAGCACGAGACAUUGUGAUAAAUCUAUGUUUCACACGCUGCUUACAUGUGUGGUAUUCCGCAUAACUUAUAUUGUGAUAAUCUGUGACGAAUCUAGCAUAAAAAUAUGCUGGACGCCAGUCAAUGUGGGCCCUCAGGGUGCCUGUGAGAACAAAGAGAGACACAGAGGGACAGACACAAAAUGUCAACUUAGGUCACCAGCUGUGAAGUUUCAAACAUUUUUCUCAAAGCUCUCAGAUUUCCUCCAACAACAGUCCUGUAAACCCUCCACUUAAGUUGUUCUCUGAGUUUCUGUAAAUGUUGCAUGAACAUUUGUGUGAAACUGAAGUAUUAGGACAUAAAUGAGGAAAGUUUUAAUCCUCAACAACAAGCUCAUAUUCAUUCAUCGCUCAAAAAAAGACUAAACAAUCUCCUCAGCUCCACAGCUGUCAGCUGUGCAGAGUGGUGCUGAGAUGGAGCAUAACUGAUGUAUCUGUUGUAGGGCUGCACGACAUUGGCCAUUUUUUUUUUUUUUUUUCUGAAAACUCGCUUUUUCAAUUUAAAUUUUUUAUUCAGUGACAACUUCACCAAACCUCACUUUAAUAUUUUCACUUUUUUAUUAUCUCUCAAAAAAGAUACCGCUGAAAAUGUUGUAGUGCAUAUGCUAAGCCAGUGAGUGGCGCUGUAACGCUGUCGAGGAAAUGCACAAAAGACAGAGGAAGAGUACAGAGCAUGCAUAUAAUGGUUGUUUUGGCCGGACACGCACAGGCGCCAUAAAAGAGUUGCACUGUGUGCACCAUAAUCGUUUCAGGAAAGAUGCAGAUAGGCAUCCACACAGAGAUGAAAUGAUAGUUGUUUAUGGAUUUAUGCACUCUCGUACCCAUUUUCAGAAAGUAACGUUUACAGUCACCCAAAACACUGUUUCUGUGUGGAUGAAACGCUAAUACGAAAAUAGCUUUUGCGUUUACUCUUGAAUUCGUUUCCAAAUGGACAGGUUGAUACACCUUCAGACAGACGUUAAUUUUAAAUUUUCAGAGGUGCAGAAGUAGCAGGUACUGGUACACCAGCCUAGAGUGCCCUCUAGCGGCUAUCGGUGUAAUAUUAACAAAUGUGGAAUUAUGUUUUUACAUAUAUAGGUCGCACCUAAGUAUAAGUCGCAAACCCAGCCAAACUAUGAAAAAAUACAGUACUUUCCCUUAUAUUUAAUUACAUUUAUUUAUUCAGUUACCGAUUAACUGUAAAUCACUACUUUUUUCAAAUAAUUUGCCCAACAACCUAAAUACCAAUUUCUGAUCAAUUAAAUGAGUUUAAAGUAGUCACUAAAAUAUGAUGACUCAAGCUAUAUUCUUUUAAACUAAAAAAUGUCAACCCGCCAGUGUAAACAACAUCUCCAUCCUUUGUGAAUCCUUGCACUUGUUCAGAUGUGACAGGCAGGGAACUGAGACGCAGCCAUACUGGUCUUCUGACGACCUACAUUACCGCCCACAGAGCCAUGCUACUGGCCUUGCCGUUAUGCUAAUCCCCUCCUCUCUGUGUGACCAUGUGGCCUCCUCAAACAGUCUCCGCCUUAAGUUGCUCAUUCAGAAACACACAUCAUCCCCGCCCCCUCCACCCUCGCUCUUUCUCUCUCCCUCAUUGUCAGCCAAACACAGCUCUUUUAGACCUCCACUCAUGGGCUUCCUCAUGGUCAGAGCUGGAAAGAGCAUUUGUCCUGGGGAGACUGGGGGAUCUAGAAAUCUGUUUCACCCAAAAGGGCAAUCGAUGAAGACCACCUAAGGCUAGAUGGAGGCAUAACACAGAAGCACAGACUACAAACGUGAAGCGACCUUUCUCAGGUAUUCUUACACUUUCUCUUAAGGUCACAAGCAGGUUAUUCUGUCGAAAUGCCUAAUCUGAUUUGUGAACUUUAAGUAUAAAUAUUCACUGCUGUGGUUUAAUUCCAUGUAAAGUCAUAAUGUACUACAGUAGCAGUUCACUGACAGCUGGGCUUUUGUGGCUGCACUUAUGCUUGGCGCUUGUAGCUGUAUUAUGUAGGCCAAAGGUUACCGGCUACGCUGCAGCCAGAGCAGCUAUUUCCCUUGUUUAGUAUAGCACCUCAGGCUGCUCCGUCAUCAUCGCUGCUGGAAGCUUACUUUAUUUUAAACAAAUACUGCAGAUUGCCUAAUAUGUUAAUAAUGCAAAUAUUUAAAAAAGACUGCAUAAUAAUUACUGUUCAGAAAAGUUCCCCUGAGAAAAAAAGGGGCUGAUAUUUUACUGAUGUGUUUUUGACUUAAAAAAAAAACUGCAAGCUGCAUGCCAAAGAUUUUUGUGUAUUAUUGUUAAUCAGCAGCGCAAUAUGACUGAGUUAAUGAAACAAAUAUCAUUUUGGUACAAACAUGGUCUGAGGUGGUUGGACUGUCAUAACAGGAACAAAGAUUUACUUCUGUAGGUUAUUUAUAACAAGCAGUUAUUUCAACACCGCUACGCUCCACAAAAUUUGGUCGGAUAUUCAGCAAAAAUAGUAUCAAAGAUAUUUUUUGAAAAACCACCAUAACCUGUUGAUGGCAUUGAGCACUUGGGCUUGUUGGUUCUUGCCUCAUCCUCAUCUGUUUACACACUAGCCACAAGUACCGCUUAUGCAUUUGCACUUGUGACUUUCCAUCAGGCUCAGGGGGGGGUUUAGAAAUGACCAGCUCAGAUGAGAAUACUUGGCUAAAAGUAAGUUUGAUGUCAUUACCUGUUCCUCUGGUGGCCGUGCGAACAAGGAAUGACAUUCCUGUGCAUUGAUAACAUAUCUGUUCAAGCCUCUUCCAGUCAAAAUAUCUCACAGCCAAAACACACUCAGGAUUUUACUUUCAUGAACAGAAGACUACCUCAGUGGAGCAUUAACUCAAAGGAAGGUUUUGGUCAACAUACCACUUUAGUCAAGAUUGAAAUAUCUAAACAAGAUAAUAUAAACAUUUUACAGUGGGUGGGGACAUUUGCAGUGCACCUGUAAUUAUAUUGCCACCUUCUUAAAAUAAUGGCCUAUUUCACUUUUUGCCAAAAAUGACUUUUUCCCCCCUCAGUCACUCCUUCAUGAUGCUGCCCAUCUCUGGUAGAAUUGCUGAAAUCAUCAGUUGAACAGAUCAUGUGAUACUGUCCUUGUAGUUAGGGCUGGGCGAUAAAACGAUAUCGAUAUAUAUCGAAAAUUAAUUUCCCUCAAUAUCAAGAUAAAACAUGGUCAAUAUGCUUUUCAAUGGUCAUAUUUUGUUAGACUAUACAAAUAGCCAAUGAGAAGGGGAGUUGCUCCAGGUCCGCUUCGCGCUAAACCAAUCGUGCUGAAUUAGAACCAAGUAGCAAACAACUGUGCAGAUGAAGGCUCAACAGAUGAUGACAUUGCCGACAACACUUGUAGUAUCUUUCUGUCACACACCACAGGUGAAGAAGCCUGUCAGUAAAGGAGCUGCCCAGUACAGUUACAUUGCUCUGUAGGGGCUGAGAAACAUUGUCCACAAGAGAUGAUAGCUUAGUCGUCACCCUCCUGUCUCCUACCACCUCUACAGGGUCCAAAGGGCAGCCCAGGACAGAGCUAGCAUUAAGCUGCAUGUCAUUCCCUCUCUCCUCCCACCAUGAAUCAUAUUUUUCUAUUUUUUAUUUUCAUCUUUUUAUGUUUUCUUACUUACUUUCAAAUCUUUUUUCUCUUUCUCUAUUCGUUUUCCUCUAUAUUCUUGCUGUAAAGCACUCUGGAUCAACUGUCUUGACUUGAUUCUUCAGUUCUUGCUGUCCAAUGAGGCAAAACAGCCUCAACAGGUUGAAGAAUAAGAACAAGAAUAACUUCAUUUUAUGCCUUAAGGGAAAUUCAAUUGUUUGUAAUCUCAGUUGUGAUGUGUCAAAAAGUCCUUUACUAUUUACAGAAGAGUUGUAAAGUCUCAUGGCUGUGGGAUCCAAAAGACUUUCUGGAUCUUUCUGUCGUGUAGCGAAGAGAGAGGAGCCCACAGAAACUAUUCAGUCUCUCAAUUAAUGACCAGAUGUCUCACUCAAGCUUGUUUCUUUAGGUAGAUUAUCUAAUCUUAGCAUGCUAUCAUGAUAAUCUAAGAUGAUGAAACAGCUACACAUCAGCAUUUAUACCCUGUCAAUAUUCCCCAGUACAUUAGCUCAAAGUAGUUCCACAAAGCUGCUGUCAUGCUGCUUUAUGAUGGUGUAAACACCCCACUCUUUUUAUGUAGAGCGGUUUCAUCCCAAUCGAGUGUGAAGUUUUGUGACAUUUCUCAGUUUGAACCUCACACCAAGGGCUGGAAUUUCCCCUGUAGAAAAAAACAGGAAGGUCCACGAAAGGACGAGUGACAAGACACUAACCUCGAUAAGAGCAGGGGGUUGAAUUUCCCCUAAAAUGUUGGUUCUUAUCUGCUGUGUAAUUUAACUAUGAAAAGACAUUGUGCACGUUUCCCAGAUGAACUGAACACACAUGUGCACGCUCUGAGUAUAGUUUAACCUGCUAAAACAAUGCAAAUAAAAACUGUGCCCAGAUCUUUUUUAAGGGAAAGGGAUAUUUCAAGCAGGGUGCUUGGAUCUGAUGACAUUUCUGAAAAACACAUAUGUUGUUUGCAGAUAAACUUUCAGAUACAUUGAGAGAUGUAUUCAAUAUUUCAUUGCUGGUCACUUACUAAACCCUUUGCCUGAACAAGUACCAUAGAGUAGGGUUGUUACAAUAGAAGAAUUUCCAUAACAACAAUAUGAUAAGAUAUCAGUCCGAUAUCAGCAAAAAAAUGAAUAUCAGAUUAUAUCUGCCUGCAUCUAAAAUCUCUGAUACAAGCAGUCCAUUCCAUUCCGCUCUGGCACCUUUAUCUAGCAGCACCCUGAUCCAGCAAGCUGAGCCCACAAAAUUAGGAAACUAAUACAGUCAUGUUCUCGUACAAAAAUGGAGGACAUGGUCAAAGAAAGCUGCACUCAACAAACGAUCACAACACCAAAACAUCUGAGAAGCUCAGUGUGGAAGUAUUGUGGAUCCACUUAAAUAAAAGACAAAGACGGGGAUGUAUGUUGACUUUGUACAACAUAAAGCCGUCUUACUAAUCGAAAACAUCAGACUUGAUGGCCUGCCAUCCGUGUGAAGUUAGGGUGACCAUGUUCUGACUUCCCAAAAAGGGGACAUGACUACGUGGGGGCGGAGUCAUGGAGUCGCACGAAGUUAAUUUUGAGAGUUUUUCAGGUCGGAUCAGGUGUUUUUUACGCACCUCUAACUCGUGAGACACUUGCAUACCAAACUGCGGACAUUUGAAGGAUUUUAUAAACUUCCCCAGACAAAGUCGGACAGCCCCCCAAAAAGAGGUCAUGUCCGGGUAAAAGAGGACAUAUGGUCAUCCUAUGUGAAGUGACAGGAGCAGAGAAGACACCACUGACAUGACGAGCUGUGCAAAGUCAAGUUUUCAACCCAGUACGACAGCCUUUUUUACAGCAGGCCUCGUGCCAGAGGCUCUGGAAAAGAACGUAUUUGAACAUUUGCACGCCAUGUUGGAUAUUCUUUGAACCUGGACCUGAAAAUGACACGUCAGAUUGCUGUUCACUGACUGAAGUUCAGUAGCCAAAGUCCACAGUGCAUGGACUCAACAUCAACUAAUGUGACCGGAUCUCCAACUCAGAUUCUCAUUACUGUCCACUUCCAGCACUCUUCGCUCAGUUGUUCCCUCUCUGUUCCCACACAGCUGCCUCAUUUCCUUUCAGAGUAAAGCUCCAACAACUUUAUUAGAUUUGUAGAUGACACAUCAUUAACCUGAUCAAUUACCAGUUUGGGCCUGCAGAGAAAAAGCCAAAGCUCCUAAAUCCAAGUAUCAGAACAUCACAUGCUGUCAGAGUGAAAGGCAAACACCCAGCAACUUCUGGUUCCUGACCUGGUCCUCCAACAGCAGCACCAUAUGGAGGACAGUUGUUCAAUACAUCUUCCUCCCCUUCCUGGAUCCUCUGCAACUUCUACAGAUUUCUUACUAGCAGCAUCCCGACUGGUUGCAUCAUCCUCAACCACGGCACAUUACAGAGGGCUGCAAAAUCUUCACGGCAAAACAAGAACUGAGGACCUCUACACUCAGCAGUGAAGGAACAAGGCCAGCAGGAUCAUGACGGACCCCGUUUAACCCAGACACAAACUGUUUGUGUCGUCUGGCAGAAGGAAGAACAUUUUGUUCAUCCCCUUCAGCACUUCAUCCUUCAAGUCAGGAGGCGUUUGAACUCUCUAAGCUCUCAAGCUUAUUACUGUCACUUAACUUGUAUUGUAUUUAUUUACCCAAAUGACUACCUCUUCAAGAACCUGUUCAGUUAAUUUUUUUAAUCCUUAAUUUUAUGACAACUGUUUUAACCUGAUUACAUGUCACUCUGUACCUCUAAGUAGGUAUGCUAUUUCAUUACCUCCUUUUCCAAUCAUAUGACAGGGCUGUUUUUUAUAUAUAUAUAUAUAUAUAUAUAUAUAUAUAUAUAUAUAUAUAUACAGUAUAUAAAACAUAUGUUAUGUCCCUAAAACCAACAACAAGUAACCAACCAUGUAGCAAGUCUCCGUUGACUCAUAGAUAGUGAUUUAAGUGGAUACUGGGAAAUUUAGUCAAACAAGAAAGUAAUGACAGUAUGAUGUUUGACAUGGCAUGUCCACUGGUAUUACUUUUGCUCAUGUGGACUAUGUUACUGGGAUGUUCAGUCAGGUUACUAUUUAGCCCUAUUUUUUGUUAAAAUGCUCCUUUCAGACUUAAGCCCAAAACCCACAGGAUGUGUGUUGGGCGCGUGCCGUCAGCAUUGCAUGCUACACAGCAAAUACAAUCCCAUUCUAAUCAGUGUAGCAUCGCACAAAGGAAGUCCUAGAAGCGACUCUACCAUAGACUGUAUACUAUGGACAACCUGGCUCUGCCAUCCACCAUUAUACAAAUUUGAAGCCGAAUUGCUCUCAGUAUUUCCAGGAUUUUCUCCACUUCCUGGAACCACCACUGGUGCUGCAGCGUUUUACGCAUCUCAUUACUUGCACAGUGGUGUUGUACGUAUUCUGUAGAAGAGUCGCUGUGAUGAUGCUCUGCUCAAACAGCGUAUCCCCUGGGUUAGCUACGCAAUCUUUGUACGCCCAUAGGCUGUAUUGUGUCAAUCAUUGAAAACACGAACCCCCUAAUAAAUUUUAAAAAUGGAGCUGCACAGAAAAAAAGAGGACUUGAGCACAAACCAGUCUUACAAUUACUGUCAACACUGCAAGCAGGGGGGAGAAAAUGUAUAUUCUGUGUAAUAAAUUUCUAAAGUUUGUCCACAAUUGCUGGAGCCUGGAGGAGGCGGGAUUUAUGACCAUUACUGUAGCCCGUCACCAGAGGGUGCUGUUCUCAGGGUGGCUUCACCCAGCUAGGAGGCUGACGGCGUCCAUUCCAUAUACAGUCUAUGGCCUCGACACACUGCUCCACUAAAGUAUUUUUUUGUCAGAUAAUGAGCACAGUAUGCAUUAAUCUGCACAGAGAAGAUCAUCCUUGACAGGAUACCAUGCAUGGCGCAUGUCAUCUGGUAAAUUCCAAAAUAAAACAACGCGACGAUGACACAACAUGCCCAACAUGCAUUUUGUGGGUUUUUUUAGAUUUACAGGAAAGAGAUUGGUAAAAAGAUCAGAGGGCAUGAUGUGAAUAUCAGAAACAACCUUGGUGAAAUACUUCAACUACAAUAUUUGUUAUUAUCAUUGCAAUUAUUCAAUGCAAUUAUGAUUGAAUUAAAUCGUGAUUGAGAGUAACUCCUACCUCACUAGUUGUUCCUGUUUGUUUGCUGCUUGUAAACAUAAAAGUUAGUGACUCAUACUGAAUUUUUUUUUUAAACUGGCUUGAGGCACUUUUACUGUAACCCAGGGAACUUAAGUUGUUUGUACUAUUUUGUUUAAACCGUUAAAGCCUGGAGUCAUCUGCCAUACUUCUCUUUUCUUCUUCUUUCUUUUUUUUUUGUGAUACUGUGAAACUGGAUUUGAUUAAGCUACCAACUGUUGUUAUGUUUUGACCAAUUGCAUUGGCUUUAGACUUUUUUUUACUGUUUUUUCUAUAUAUCCCAUCCCUAGCAGCUGUUUGAAUACACUAAUAUUAGCCCAAUGGAGUUAUAUAAGAACUAUUUACAAGCAAGCAAGAAAGUUACAGGAACUUGCAGAACAAACUCUGUGUUAAGUCACUGACAUCAGUCCUAUGACAAAGUUUGUCCAACACAAAAUAAUAUGAAAGGGGUUUCUUUGAAAAUUGUCUUUCUCAGUUUUUAUAACAUUUUCAUGUUAAAAAAUAAAUGUAUAGUCCAUUUGUGGACUCCAGAGGUGCUGGUUCUUGUGAUAAACUUGGAAAGAUCAAGAAAGUGGAGGACGUCUGAAUCAUCCUCUCUAGUAUUUGAGUGCCAAAACUAAAUUCACUGUUAUUAUUGUGGUCUUUAUAUGAUAUUCCCUAACCACAAACCCAAUGUUUUCUUUGCCUACUUCUUACCCUCCAGAAGAACUCUCAACGAGACAUUUGUCGAGACAGUAUCUCAUGAUUUGAAGGUUUUGUGAGCAAUUUAAUAGCGCACAUAUUUUUCUGUCUUUUGGUUUCACUCCCACAUCAAAUUCUAGUCAGUGACACAAUAACCACAUUGAUGGGAGUAUAAGCCUGUAACCAAGCAGCACAGACCCACUGUUGACCUAAUACAACAAGACUGCAAGCAUUGUGCAGACUAUGGACAUUAAUACACAGCGAUUAUAUAAUAUUCAUACUCUGGUUGAACUCAGCUGUUGACUGGAAACUUAAAUCUGGUGUGAAUGAAGUGUAUUCAUUUUACAUCUAUUACAUUACACUUUAUAUUUCUACUAUUUGUCCACUCAUGAAAAACUGAACUUUUUCCCUUAAGUAGUUCAUUCCUCUGUCUUGUCUCUCUCUACAGCACAAUGGAUAAAUCUUACAGUCCAGAGAUCAAGUUCAGACUCGAUGUGGAUGUGACCCAUCACUCACCCGGCACCCUAAGCAGAGGACAGUGGUCCAGCAAGGUUGAGUUCCUCUUGGCCGUCGCAGGACAAAUUAUAGGUCUAGGAAACGUGUGGAGGUUCCCAUACCUGUGCUAUAAAAAUGGUGGAGGUGAGUUCUGUUUGAGACCAUCAGAUGAUUGACAACAUUUAAACAACAGAGGAGCAUACAAAACGUGAACAAGUCAACUCAAAACUUUUGAGUUGAGGGCCAAUAUGUCAAAGUAGAACUACUGUGUUUAGUUACCUUCAUCUAAGGUACUCAAGAUGUUCUGGGUACCUCAUGUACAGUUCAGUACUGUAUCGCUUAUUUUGCUGCAGUCAAGCAGGUUUUUUUGGGUUUCUCAAUUCACAUACCUUAAUUGGAAGAAGACUGUUUCUGACAAAGCAAAGUUAUAGGGCGUGGUAGCGUUUAACAAAAGCACCUGUUCAAAAACAUCACACCCAACUUCAGGUUGUUGUACUGCAGCCAAAUCAGUGCUCUGCUCUGUGCUCUUUUUACUCAUAAGAGCUCAAAUCAAUGAAUCGAUCAACUUUAGCAACAUAUGUUUGGGAAUUUUUAAGUAAAAGCUGCAAAUAGCUAAUUAUAACCUCAAUAACUUCCAAGCAAAUAAUUGAAACAUGAUUUUAAAAUGAUCUGUGUUUCCCCUGGAAUAUUUUCAGGCACAGAGGCAAGAGGUCAAUUGAGGUUUUGCUCAUGCGUUAACUUUUCUGGUAAUUUAUUUCUUGAACGGCACAUGACCUGAGGUUGGUAUUUCCAUACAAAGGACGAAUAAAACAAAAAAAGACAUUUCAUGAUGUAUUCACAUAUAUCUGUCAAAACUGGCUUUUGAUUCAUAAUAAAAUCUGUUGGUACCAGCAAUCUUUAAAAAUGUUAGUUGGUAGAUGGGUAAAAUUAGCAGGUUAAUGCCCAAUGUACAAGUAGUGACCAAGGUUAUUACACUUGCUGGAUGAGGCGAGAGCAGAGGGAUCUUGUGUUAGCUGAUUUAGAUUUUAAUUUACAAAACUACCUGUUUACUGUUCAGUAUUCCUGAGUAAACUUACAUUUCUUUGGUUGCCUUGAAGAUGAGCAGAGAUCAGGGUAAUGUGAGUUUAUUUUUGCCAUAGGCUAGUCUCUAUUAGCUAGUCUAUCAGCUAAGAUAGUCCUGCGUAAGUGAUCUCAGUCUUAUAGUUUACUGACCAGUAAACAAACAUCUUUUCUCAUUUAAUGUCUCAUUUGCCCACAGGAGUGUUUUUCAUCCCUUAUGUGCUCUUCCUGUUUGCCUGUGGCAUCCCCCUGUUUUUCAUGGAGAUAUCUCUGGGCCAGUACACCACACAGGGAUCUAUAACCUGCUGGAGGAAGAUCUGCCCCCUCUUUGAAGGUAAGCCCUCAAAUCUCCAACUCACUGAGAAAUAAAAUAAACGCAAGCUACCAAGAAUAGGUCCACAAAAUCAGCAUUAGUAUUAUUCAGAUUUUAGAUCAUAGAGCUUAUAAUUUGGAGGGUUAAAGUCCUGUAUUUAUCUGAAAUUGAUUGAUUGGCCUUUCAUAAUAGUUACUGAUGUGAGAACAGAUUUUCCUUUGGCUUCUACGUUGUUACCUGCUGAGAAAAAAUCCUAAUGGUAUAGAUUCAAUGACCUACAAAGGGGAUAAUUGCAGAAUGACUGGCUGGGAUUUGUUGUGAAAGAAAAGCACAAAUCUUUGGCCCAAAUGCAUAAAAUGUUGCUUUUUUUUCUUGCACGCAUGCACACACACACACACUCACUCACACACACACACACACACACACACACACACGCGCGCGAGUGUCUUCUGUCAGUCUGAAAUGUGGGCUGCAUCAUAUUCACUGUUGUUACCCACACAAAUGCCUCUAAAAAUAGAAUAUUAGUGUAAAGUUCACUUAAAAGCUUACUCUCAUGUAUUCUUUGUCAUUUAAAGUGAAACAUAUAUUUUUUUGUUUGAAUUUUUCACAUUUUUACUAAAAGCAGAUUACAAAAAACAGAAAUGUAGGAUCUCAGAUUAUAAGAUUAUUACUUAAGAACAACAAAAAAAGAGUUUGUUUGAAAAGUGUGCUCAUUUUAACGCCGCACAUUUCUCAUCCAUGUUUUAAACACUAACCAUUAACUUUCAUUUUUAUUAACAUUUAACCCAGUGUUCCUUUUUUUCCCCUAAUUGGGAUCAUGUUAUCCUUCAAAAGAUUGUCACUAACAGAGGUUUCAGUCAUCAUGAUUGCCAAAAUAUUUUGGAAUUGUUUAAUUUGACUAAUUUUAUCAUUGUUUAAGAUAUUUGGGUGUAUUUAAAAGUCCCACAACUGUCUUUACACGUGACAUUAGUCCCAGGUUUGUUCUUUAAGUGAAAAGAUUCGGACUUGUUCAUCUAGUUUAACGUCACACUUUUAAGACACCAAACAGCUCGUGUAAGUCUCUUUGAUCCACUAUGAUUAACAGGGAUCUUGUCUCUGGGCUAGCUUGUAUUUGUUAAAUAUUUCCUCUAGUGAUCGCUCACAUAGGGCUGAAUGAGUUGUUUAUCUUUCCCCUGCACUCAAAAUGUCAAGGAGACAAAUUACAACACACAUAAAAAUCAUAUUGGCUACACUCCAUUUACUCUGAAAUAACAAUGUCAAAGAACAGCAGCACGCACUUUAAAAUUACAAGAGGUGAUAAAAAUGGCCCUGAUAACAUAAUUAAUGUCCCUAUUAAUCCAACAAAAUAGACUGUGCCUCAAACAAAUCUACUGUCCUCUGUUUUUAAUUGUUUUAUUGUUAAAAUAUAAAUGCAUAUCUUUUUAAUAAACCAAGUUAUUUUAGGUUUAUUUACUGUUUAUUUUCGAGAUGUGGUGCAGUGUAGCUAAUUUAAAAUUUAAGUGAGUGGUUACUUUUUUCAAACUUGUGCCCAUUAGCACAUAGUCGAGUUAAGCAACAGCAGAGUUUUUUUGCUUCCUGCUGCCACCAUGAUGGAGAAUGACAGAGCACAUUGCACCAUAAAACACUCUCAGAGGGAUAAGUCGACAAGUGAAAACUUAUGUUCACUUUGCAAUAUACAAAAUUAAAAUCUAACUGAAGUACUUUGAAUAUUGACAACCUCCCACAAGCUACUCAAGCAUUAAAGUGCAGCUAAUAAAAGUAAGCUGAGAGUGAGUUUAUCGCCUGGUAUCUAUUUUCAUUUAUAUGGUUUAUUACUGGAAAAGAAUCAGCAAGUAAUUUAACUGUGGUUAUGUGAUUUCUAGUUCAAGACACUGACAAGUAGGGCUGAGUAUUGCCACCGAUUUCCUGAAUCGAUUCAAUUUAUGAUUUGAUUUGGUUCAAUACCAAUUCAUUGACGGAUAUUUCUGUUUUGCUUGAAUAUGAAAAAGAUUCUUGGAGAAUUAAAGACAGAAAUUAUACUUUUAGUUGAAUUAUCAUUAAAAAAAACCUUCAAACUAGGUACAAUAUUUAAAAUAUUAAAGUUCACUCUAAAAAGUCACCCCAAACUUGUUUCCUGAAAACACUUUUUGUUGACCAAUCAACACAAUGAUCAGUCAGAUCAAUGUUGGAAUAAAAUUAAUCAAUAUUGCCUUUUUUUAAAGAUUUGAAAUGAAUCAUAAUAUUUUUUAACCCUUUUAAACUAACGAGAGUUGAUUUACAUUGUCGAUAUGGACCUAAACACUGUUUUUGAACUGAUCUUAACCCAGCCCCUAACUCGUGUUCUUAACAGAGUAAUUUCAAAAUCAUUUUCCCUUUUAACUAAAAAAUUUCAAGCUCCACCCUGUGCUGCAAAAUGUAGCCUUCUUUUUUAUAUUCCUGAUAUUUUUGAUGAAUGCUCAGUAACAUACACUCACCGGCCACUUUAUUAGGUACACCAUGCUAGUAACGGGUUGGACCCCCUUUUGCCUUCAGAACUGCCUCAAUUCUUCGUGGCAUAGAUUCAACAAGGUGCUGGAAGCAUUCCUCAGAGAGCUUGGUCCAUAUUGACAUGAUGGCAUCACACAGUUGCCGCAGAUUUGUCGGCUGCACAUCCAUGAUGCGAAUCUCCCGUUCCACCACAUCCCAAAGAUGCUCUAUUGGAUUGAGAUCUGGUGACUGUGGAGGCCAUUUGAGUACAGUGAACUCAUUGUCAUGUUCAAGAAACCAGUCUGAGAUGAUUCCAGCUUUAUGACAUGGCGCAUUAUCCUGCUGAAAGUAGCCAUCAGAACUUGGGUACAUUGUGGUCAUAAAGGGAUGGACAUGGUCAGCAACAAUACUCAGGUAGGCUGUGGCGUUGCAACGAUGCUCAAUUGGUACCAAGGGGCCCAAAGAGUGCCAAGAAAAUAUUCCCCACACCAUGACACCACCACCACCAGCCUGAACCGUUGAUACAAGGCAGGAUGGAUCCAUGCUUUCAUGUUGUUGACGCCAAAUUCUGACCCUACCAUCCGAAUGACGCAGCAGAAAUCGAGACUCAUCAGACCAGGCAACGUUUUUCCAAUCUUCUAUUGUCCAAUUUCGAUGAGCUUGUGCAAAUUGUAGCCUCAGUUUCCUGUUCUUAGCUGAAAGGAGUGGCACCCGGCGUGGUUUUCUGCUGCUGUAGCCCAUCUGCCUCAAAGUUCAACGUACUGUGCGUUCAGAGAUGCUCUUCUGCCUACCUUGGUUGUAACGGGUGGUUAUUUGAGUCACUGUUGCCUUUCUAUCAGCUCGAACCAGUCUGGCCAUUCUCCUCUGAUCUCUGGCAUCAACAAGGCAUUUCCGCCCACAGAACUGCCGCUCACUGGAUAUUUUUUCUUUUUCGGACCAUUCUCUGUAAACCCUAGAGAUGGUUGUGCGUGAAAAUCCCAGUAGAUCAGCAGUUUCUGAAAUACUCAGACCAGCCCUUCUGGCACCAACAACCAUGCCACGUUCAAAGUCACUCAAAUCACCUUUCUUCCCCAUACUGAUGCUCGGUUUGAACUGCAGGAGAUUGUCUUGACCAUGUCUACAUGCCUAAAUGCACUAAGUUGCCGCCAUGUGAUUGGCUGAUUAGAAAUUAAGUGUUAACGAGCAGUUGGACAGGUGUACCUAAUAAAGUGGCCGGUGAGUGUACAGCAUACAGUUUUAACUUAUGACCAGUCUUGCUUACUUUUAAAUGUUGCACACAUAAUUUAAAAGUUGUUUAUUAAUGUUGUUUGUUUCAGGGAUUGGUUAUGGCAGUCUGGUGGUUGUUUUAUACUCCAGCAUCUACUAUGUCAUCAUUUUGGCCUGGGCUUUCCUCUAUCUCUUCUUCUCCUUCAACACUGAAAUCCCCUGGGGGAGUUGUAGAAACAGCUGGAACACAGGUAUGCUCCAGCGUGAGAUCUGAUUGAGCAAACAUCUGUAGGACAAUCAAACUACAAGAUUUUUUAAGUUUAUGAAUCAUUCUGCCACUUGCUUCCAAAUGUUUUUUCUAAAGAUCUGGUCUUCCUUUGCAUCAGAAACCUGUGUGGAGUUUGAUCAAACAGCUGAUUAUGUCAACUGGACUGUACCUGAAAACGCAACUUCUCCUGUGAGAGAAUUCUGGGAGUGAGUAUAAAAACUAAAAUCAAACUUGAAAUACAACUAUGAACUCAGGAACCAACUUUUCUGAAUUACAACUUCAUUAUUUUUAUGUGCAGGAGAAGAGUUCUGAAUGUCACAGGAAGUGUCCACGAGAUGGGCGAGAUACGAUGGGAGUUGGCACUGUGUCUUAUGUUGUCCUGGGUCAUCUGUUACUUCUGUGUCUGGAAAGGUGUUAAGUCCACUGGGAAGGUAGGAGCAGGGUUGAGAGCCAGUUCAAAUUUACUGAUUUAGAUCCCAAGUCUUCUCAUCGAAUCUCCAAAACCCGAUUCUUUAUCAAUUUUAGGGAUUUAACAUAUGACAAAUAUUAGAUUUGAUAAAUAUUGGUAUAUAGGAAUGUCAUUUCAGUUCUGUGAAAAAAUGCUCUUGAUUCCCUCUGGUUAAACUCGUAUUUUUUAACAUGUCCAGCCUUCAACAAACUUAACAGAAAUGACAUUCACGACUCAUUUUAAUGUAGCUAAACUAACUCAUGUUAGCUGUGACUUGAAACAUGCCUCCUACAAUGCAAAGAGUGACAGUGCAAAACAAAGUAAACAGAGGCAAAAGAACUCUUAAACUCUCAAAAGUGAACCGUAAACUAGGCCUGAAAGAUAUAUCGUUUGACUAUCGUCAUCGCGAUGUACGUGUAUGCGAUAGUCACAUGGCAGAGCCUGCGAUAUUGGAGGUGAAUGAACUCAUUUAAUUUCAAGGGUAACCGACUGAGAUACACUCCAUGUGACUCUGCAUGUGCUGUGCAGCGAUCCACCAAUCGCCUUCGUCCUUAACUCAGUUGCCAAUCAGACUCACUUCUCAGCUGCCAAUCAGACUAACCUGCCAGCUGUCAAUCAAAAUCAGGGCGGAGAAAACCCACCCCUGCACAUGUUCUGCACAUGGAGGGAGACGUGUGUCCGCUGAGAAUUACUUUCGGAACUUUACUCAUGACUAUUAAGCCCAACAAAUAAGAACUGUAUGGGUUUUAAAUUGUACAUUUCCGUGGACCACUCUACUAUAAGCAGUGCGCGUUUUGCGAGGUGCAUGCAAUUCUCGGAGGACAUGCGUUUCUCGGUACAGCACCGCUAACAAACAACAACGAUCGCAAAAUGAACAACGAACAAGCGAAAACCACCGAAAAUGAAGAUUUGUUGCCAAAAAGAAAAGGAAAGUCAGUUAUCUGGAAUUAUUUCGGUUAAAGAAGGAUGAUGUCGACCAAAACACGUCUUCUGUGUUCAUCUGUUUCCACAAUAACGUCCCAGCACAAUAAAAGCUAAAAAUAUCUCUGAGACAGACAGAAGCCGUUCUACUAACAUUCACAAAAAGAGGUAAGAUCAGAGCAGAUUAACUGUCCUCAAGAUUUCAGCAGUGCAGCAUAACAUUAAGUGCUAUUCAGGUCAUCUGGUGAAAAUACUGUAUUUUUAAUAUCGCAAUAUAUAUCGCAGGGUUGAAAAAAUCGCAAUAUUAUUUUUUUCCAAUAUCGUGCAGCCUUACCGUAAACCCUGAACAGAAUUUUUUUAUCCUUCAUUUACAAGUUUUACAAAAAUAUUACUAAUUCUUAGAAGGAUAACUCACAAUAAAAUAUACAAACAAAUACUAUUUAAUUUUUUUUUCUUCUAUAUUAUUUAAUCAUUCAUGUUAUUAAAAAUGAUGUUUAAAUGAGCCCUCUCAAUUGUACCUCCACAGGUAGUUUACUUCACAGCCACAUUCCCAUAUGUAAUGCUGGCAGUGUUGCUCAUCCGUGGACUUACACUACCUGGAGCCUUAGAAGGGAUCAAGUUCUACCUCUACCCAGACCCUUCCCGCCUCACUGACCCACAGGUAUGAGCAGAUUUUGGUACUUUUGUCUCUCAACGACAUGUGGCGUGACUGAAUGAACUCCCAUAACCUUGAUUUGCCAGCUGGUGUCCUUGUUAAUAUAAAACUGUUUGGACAAGCUUGUUCGACACAGCAGUCUAUUUGUCCUUUUUGAAGUUAGGUAAAUUAGGCAAAGCUGGAUGGUACUGCAUUUAGUUGACUAGAAUCUUUAGUGAAAGCUUUGUCAUAAUUUGUAAAAACUUAAGCUAUGUCUAAAGAAAGUUAUGUGAAGAUUGUAAGAAUCAGUUACUAAUACUUGGACUCGUUGGGAAUUUCACCGCAGAUGAUUGCUCGGCUCAUGUAAUCAGACUUGACAGCAGAGUAAAACAUUUGCAGCAAAUGUCAAAACGAUGGUUCCUACUGCAGUUACAGCACAUUGUAAAUGCUGAUUUUUAGUAAAUGAAAACUUGUCCUUUAUUUCUGCUGCAGGUUUGGAUGGACGCUGGCACACAAAUAUUUUAUUCCUAUGCUAUUUGCAUAGGAUGUCUAAUUGCACUUGGCAGUUACAAUAAGUACAACAAUGACUGUUACAAGUAAGUUUAGUAGUUUAUUGAUUCUGUUUAUCAAUAUGAGUAUUCUUCAUACUUGUUCACUUUCCUGACAGUAUUGUUUUGGUAUCUGUUUUUUUUAAUCAGUGGUUUAAAUCUUUUAAUCUUACUUCAAAUGAUAAAGAUCUAAUACACCUACAUCCACCAUAUAAUUUUUAAUAUAAACAAAGAAGACUUUUUCAACAUUUACAGUAAAUGUGGUGAUAACCUAUUUUUGGGAAAAAAUAAUUAAAGCACCUUCUCCUCCAUUUUUUGUAUAGUUUACUUUAGCUCUCUUUCCAACAAGUUCACUAAACUUUUAAGGUCAGUUUAGGUCAUUGUUAAAGCUUCAAGUUGGAGACAAUGAAUGAAAAAAUGUAAAAUCUAUGUAUUUCUGUCUCUUUUGUUUUUCAGGGACUGCUUUUUCUUGUGCCUUCUGAACAGCGGUACCAGCUUUGUAGCUGGCUUUGCCAUCUUUUCUGUGCUUGGUUUUAUGGCGUAUGAGCAGCACACAGACAUAUCUAAAGUUGCAGAGUCAGGUAAGAAUAUAGAGAGCACUUUUAAAGACAAAUUGGUACUUUUCUGGGAAACACUGUUGGAGCGCACCAGUUUUGUUUGCUCAGUAGAGUGGUGAUAAUUUGGUCCAUGUGAUCCCCCCCUUUCCCUCCCCAUGUUUCCUGUCUUUUUCAAGCUGUCCUAUUUAAGAAAAGGCAACAAGCCUCAAAAAUAAUCUUUGUAAAACCAGAAAAAGAAAAACAUUGUUGUAGAACCAUUCUGUGACUUAAGCUAUCUCCAUGUCUCCAGGUCCUGGUUUGGCGUUCAUUGCCUACCCUCGAGCAGUCACCAUGAUGCCUUUCCCUCAGAUUUGGGCCAUUUUCUUUUUUGUUAUGAUCAUCCUGCUCGGCCUGGACAGUGAGGUGAGCUGACUCCCUUUCAGUUUUAAUGAAUGGUCAUGAAAUAACUGUACUGACUGGACUAAGAAACCAAAACUGCAACCCCGGCUCCAAAAGCUUGAGAUGCUGAGUAAAGUGUCUGGUAGUGUUGGUAUCAAAUUGUGAGCAGCGGCACUCCGAACCAGAUGUAGUAAGUGCUCUGACUGUUUUAGAUAAAGGCAUGAAUGACUUUCUGAAGAUCAAAUGGAGAAGGGAUGAUCCUAUCUUCAGGGUUGCUUAAGAUGUGCAACGUGUGAUUUAAUGAUAGGACAGGAAGAGACCUCAACUAGAAAUUAGAAAAACACUCUGGGAUUUCAUCAUCUCCAGUAUCAUUGAACGAUUCAAAGAGUCUGAGGCUGAAAACUACUUGAUGGCUGUGAUGUUAGGGAUUGCAGGUGGUACUUGAUUGAAAACAGACAAGACUCUGAAGUGGAAAUCGCCACAUGGGCUCAAAAUCACCUCCUAAAAACAAUGUAUGUGAACAAAGUUUGCUGCAUCCACAAAUGCAAGUUAAAACUGUUCAGUGCAAAAAGAAAACAGUCAAUUAACGCUGUCGUGUCAGCUUCUCUGGGCCCUGGCCCAUUUUAGAUCGGCAGAGACAAAGUGGAAAAUAGUCAGAGGAUUUCAUUUUGGAAAUCAUAGAUGCUAUACGCUUGUGAGUGGAGGGACCAUCUUGCUGAUGAUAAAGGGAUAUUUCCUAAUGUUAAUUGUAUGAAAUAGUAGAUCUGUGUGUGGGCAAAGCACUAUUAUUACAGAACAAUAUAUACAGGUUUUGGAGCAACUUGAAUGUGAAUGAAAGUGAAUGCUUUUUCAAGGGACAACUAUUUAAAAACAACCAUUUAUUGUUGCUUUAUGUUUUUAUGUUAUUAUGUACAGCACUUUGUGUCAGCUUUGGUUGUAUUUGAAGUGCUCUAUAAAUAGAGUUGAGUGGAGACAACCUUGCAUAUUCCAGCGAAACGAUGCUAAACCAUUUUCUGCACAAAUAGCUGCAGCCCCAAUGCAUCAACAUCACAGGUGUCUAUGAUCUUUUCAGACUAUUAAUGUGGUGAUUAUGUGGUCUAAGGAAGAGUUUUAUCACAAGCUGCAACCAGAGUUCAGCCAGUUUGAUUGACCUAUCGCUAAGCCCCGCCCCCCUCCCCGUAGUUACUGUUGCUAACAAACAACCGGAGCUGAGCAGUGCUUCAAAAUGGCCGCUGUCGGUGUCAAACGCUAUCCCGAGAGGGUUUCGAUACAGUCUAUGGUUUCGACAAAUUCUGGGCGCAGAAACACCUGAAAACUUCGAGAAGGGACUCUAUUAUGCCAUGGAGGGAUAUGUUCAGAAUUUAAAGUAAGAUGCGGUGGGUGAAAACACAGUUAUAUUAAACAGCUAGUGUGCUAACCUGGGCUAAUAUUAGCGUUAGCUAGUUUACCAGAGGCGAAAGCUGUGUUACAACAUCGCCAAUGACGAUUAAAUAACUGUCUGUAAAGUUAGUACAUUUGAGGCUAUGUUGGUGUAACUUACCUUAGAACAAACGUAGACAUCCUUGUUGAUCCUCCGGAUGUUAAGUUAGCUGUGUGGUCUGCCAGAUAGUAGACAUUUACUCCGGUCUUUCUUUAGUUUUGGAAAUGGAAUGAAAUACACCCCGUUGUUCAUCCUGUCGGGAUACCUUGUGUCUGUAUCACAUCUACUCCAUGCACAACUUUUUACCAUGUUUCUUUCUGCUAUAUUAAAAUUAACGCCACAAAACAGAUGAAAAAUCAUGACGAGCUGAAAGCUACAGAUGUCCGUGUUCCGGUCCCGGUAAAACUGAUACUAAACUGCCAUUGGCUCAUCUGAGUUCGAGGGGCGGGGCUUAGCGAUAGGUAAAUUGCCAAAAACAGUGGGCUCUCUCAGUACAACUCUAAGGUGGCCGAAAACUGUCACUGCUACAAAUAAAAAAAGAAUGCAAAAAAAGAAGUCACAACGGAAGUUAAGGAUAAAAAAAAGUGGCAAUGCAAAAAAAAAAAAAAAAAGUUAUUUACUUUUAAUUAGAGGUUGCAAAUUAAAAAAAGCCAUAAUGGAAGUGAGCUGCCAGAGGACCAAUAAUGAUGAUGCACUGGUGUUUUACGAUCUAGGCACAGAAGACGGUGGUGAGAAGACGAGCAAAGAAAUUAGUGGAAAGGUUAUUGUUUAUUUUCACGUCAUGUGAUUUUUAUUGUGUCAUUUGGUUAGGCAAUGUAGUGCCUGAGUCGAUAUGAAGUUGAUCUGGAGGAUGGCGGUAUAGUGUUAGCUUUAGUUUUUCCAUCGCCACUUUUUUUUUGUGUCGUUAACAUCCGUUGUGGCUUUUUUUGUUUGUUUUUUUAUUUGUACCGUUUCUUGUUUAUUUGCAGCGGUUCCUUUUUUCGCAUCUGUAACUUCCGUUGUAGCUUCUUUUUUUUUUUUUUUUUUUGCAUUAUUUUUUAUUUGCAGCAGUGGCGGUUCUCAGCCACUGCACAACCCGUAUGAAAAAGCUUUCUCAAAACACCAGGCAGAUAUUCAAGGAUAAAUAAUCUGUUCUCUGAAAAACACACACUUUACCAUGUUGGUCCGCUCUUCCUCCAAGCUCCUAGUUAGAGUCAAAGCAUUACUCCAUUCCUGCAAACACAGCAGCUGCAGAGAGCAGCAAUUACACACAGGAAAAGCACAAGCAGAGCAGGAAACAAAUGCAAUUACUGCAGUGAGACACAGUGCUAUGAGAGCAAAAACACUCCAAAAACACUCCUGCAAUACACACAGCUGGAGCACUGAUACACAAACACACACAGAAUUUGGAGUUGGUGGAGUUGUUUCCUGAUUUGAGCUACCUGUUGUGAUAAGUCCAAGUGUCUUAAUAACUGAAUGCCUCAUUUAGCAACUUUGCUGUUGUUGAAUUAAGUUAACAGGCCCUGUAAUUAAGCACUGAGAUGUAUUUGGAUUUGUUGUGCCUUAAAAUACAGUUAGAAUCAUGACUUAACGAGGAGUGGAAAAGUUGUAGAGAUGUCCCUACUCUCUCUUUUUUUUUUUUUGUUAAACACGUGAACCAAAAGAUACCAAACUGUGAGGUGUGUGAUCUGUUAGCUUGUAUGACUUCAUGAAAGACGAAUCUGGUGCCAAACUGUCUUAAAUGGUCAACAACACAUUUGGUGAAUAAUGAAAGAGGAAAUAUGACAAAAGUGACUCUAAGCUGUUAGUAAAUCCAAUAUCAGGCAAGAAUGGGACAACAUUUCACUUUUAGAAUCCCAGAAACUGGUCUCCUUGGCACCCAAAUGUUUUGUAAAAACAAGAGGUCAUACAACACAAUGAUGAACAAAAACUUGCUCUAUCACAACUUCUUCAAACCUGUUGCUAGGAUCAGACUCAAAAUGAGUGUACAGUAUAUUGUGAAUACAAACUGUUUGUUAAAGAUGUUUGUGUUUAUCGGUCUGAAUAAGAGGUUUUGGUGCUCUUUGGUCUAUGACAAAGAUUUUAAGGCUGUUUUAAUCCAGGUUUAUAUGAAGCAAAAAGAUACCUUAAUCCUUAAAAAUCAAGUUUAAAUAGUCUAAGAGCCUUCCUAGGGUUUUACACUAUAACUACUUACUGAAGCAUUUGGAAAUAUGUCAUGCAAAGUUUCUAUAAAUAUCUUCCAAAUGUGUAGUGUGAUUCAUCAACGUAGGUUUUUGUGUUUUAGUUUGUAGGUCUGGAAGCUAUGGCAACAGCAAUUUCAGACUUGAAUCCUUCCUUCUUCCAUGUUGGCCAUCGCCGUAAACUCCUUCUACUGGGUAUCAGUGUCAUAAGCUUCUUCAUCGGUCUGUCCAUGGUCACAGAGGUAAGAAAACGUUUAAUAACCUUUUUUUCCCUUAAGUCAGUGUAAGAGUAAAGGGCCUUUUGAGAUCUGUCUCUGAGCAUGUUAGAAAAGUAUAACUGAAUACAAAUGAAAGUACAUGACCAUCCAACUCAUUCAUUUAAAAGUUGUAAAUUUAAACUGAUUUUCAUCAUUUUCAAGUUGAGGGUUUUAUAAUGGUUAAAGGUGGAGCUGUCAGAAUAUGAGAUUCUCCCCAAACGAUUAUCCUUGUCAUAAAAAUUUGCAAUAAUGAUACUGUCAAGAUAUUUAUGGAAAUAAAACACAGCUAAACAAAGAAAAACACAUUUUUUUCUCCUCUUGAAACGUUGAUUAAAAGGCUAAAUGAAACAAAACCUAACCGGGGUCACGUAUCUUCCACAGGGUGGACUUUACAUCUUCCAGCUGUUUGACUACUACGCCUGCAGCGGGAUGACUCUUCUACUCUUUGCUACGCUGCAGUCUGUUUGUGUUGGAUGGGUUUAUGGUGAGUUCAUUAACAAGAGCGUUUUCCACUGUUUUUACAUAUGAUGUUAAAUCUGUUCAUCACUGUGUUUCCACCUUCAACACAGGUGCAGACCGGUUUUAUGACAAUGUGGAGGACAUGAUUGGAUACAGGCCUCUCUCUCUGAUUAAGCAUUGUUUGAAAUAUGUCACUCCAGUCAUAUGCAUGGUGAGUUUGGGUAUUAAUUCACUCUGUGCUCAGUUUAUUCGCCCACUGACCAUUAGCCAAGUCCAGUGUCUGUUCUCACAGAACACAUGUAUUUUACGGUUACAGAUUUACUACUUUUUAAUCAUUGAUUAAAGCGAGGCAGUGUCCUUAAGAGUACUCAGAGAAUUAUUUUGAAUAUGUACGACUACCUGUAUAGCAACUCAAGUUGAAUGAAUUUUAUUACUUCCUAAGAGGACAAACCGAUGUGUUUUGUAUAUAUGAAGUAGCAAGAGAUUUGACUUUCCUAAAUCCAAUAUAGAUUCAAAAUUGACAGAAUGUUCCUGCUUUUGGAAGUAGCAUAGGAGUCAAUAAACAAGUAGUCAUUCAAGUAAUUUUGCUUCAAGUUUUGCUCUGGUUUCCUCUCCCUUGUGUAACGCUGUGGCUAAAAUCAGCCACUAGGGGCAGAAUUUAGCCACUAAUUCCAUGUAACUUUUUUUUUUUUUUACUGCAGCAAAUGGGAUGAUUUUUUGUGCAGAUGGUUAUAAUGAUGGACACUUUGAGAAUAUGACUUCAAAAUUUUCACCAGGUCAAAAAUACGCGCUGGGCAAAUUUUCAUCCGUUGAUAACGCUCUGUGGCUAUAAAAAGGCACUAACUUUGACUGCUGUAAAAACAUUGGGUUAAUAUUUUUUUUACCUUUUUUUUUCAUAUAUUGGGUUAAUAUUUUUUUCCAUUUUUUUUUUUCAUAUAUCUCUUAAUUAACUUCUGCUUUGAUCAAAACUAGGGGACCUUUGUUUUCUCCCUGAUCAAAUACACUCCUCUGAAGUUCAACAAUACCCUUGAGUACCCAUGGUGGGGCUAUGCCCUUGGCUGGUGGUUUACUCUCUCCUCUACACUCAUGGUUCCACUCUGGAUGGUGUAUAAUGUGAUCAGGACUCCUGGUACACUGCAGCAGGUAAGCUGACAGUUAAUUGUUUUAAUUGUUUGUGUGUCUUUUCAAAAGCUGAGAUUUUAUAUUUUUCAUAACACCUAUAUUCCUUUAUUUCAGAGGAUUUCCAUCUUGUGUACUCCAGCUGAAGAUCUCCCCUUGAACAAAUCAGAGAAGAAAGCACUUGAACUGAUGGACUUAACCUCAUCUCCAGAGGGCAUGAUGUCUUAGUCUAGCCAGAGGUGAGUUGGAGUAGAUUCAUAUUGAAGCUCGCCUGGCACUUAUAAAAACUUACCCUCAAGCACUCCAACACUUUAAAAUGCAGUAGUUCCCACUUUUUGGUUAUGACUGCUUAAACACAGCUACGUCUUCUUGUGAUACCUGUAACUUCUUUGACCACAGGUUUGACCAAAGACUAGUUUGUUUGAGUUCUUUUUAAAAGGCUUGAAAUGCUAAAAAUGAUCAUAAACAUGCGCCCCAUCAGAUUUAUUUUGCAAACCACAGUAGUGGGCCCUGACCACCUGGUUCUAUAAGAAUGGUUUCAACCUUAUUGUGGUGUUACGUCAGGAAGCACAACAGAGCUCAAACCUUGACCCAACAGAGAUAAUGUAAAAUCUACUACAAAGAGGAGACACCAAUUUAGCUUUGUAAUUUGAGCAGAUGCCCCACAUAGAGAAGGUGUUCUCAAUGCCUUAGCUACAGGCUUGACUAGUGGCCUUGGCCCUUCACUGUAUGUCAUCCCACUCUCAUUUCUCCCAAACAUAUCCUGUCUCUCUCUCUGGCUGUCCUGUCAAUCUGAAGGUUAAAAAGCCUCAAAGUAGAAGUAGAACACAGCAGAGGGAGCCAUUUGACUGGAAAAUCAAUUACUGCCAAUGCAAUUGACCAGGUGGCUAAUUAACCACAGGUCCUAAAUUCGUUAUCGAAAUAUAUCAUAUUGUGCGGAAGCAUGCCAACUUUUCUAUCCUACUGGGUCGUUUACAUGUUUGAAUAAAAGUCAAAUGAUUAAGUUGAUGCCAAAUGCCAAAUACAUUGAACACUUGAGUCACCUUUAGCUCAUUGUCAGUGACUUACAGUCGAUAUCAGAGUAUAUUUAGAUAGAUGAAGUUGUGACCUGAAAGAAUAAUCCACUAAUCUGUUUCCUGUUAAAACUGUGAUUGUGUGCACUUUGGCCAACUGAGCCACCAGGCUGUCCCUGCUGCAAAAUGGCUCUGCUAUAAAAAGGGCAUGAACUUGUCACACAGGAGGAGACAAUUCAGCACCGACACAUGUGUGUGUGUGUGUCUGGUUGUAAAUAUGAGAAACUGUUAAUGCCAGCAAGUAUGUUUAUGUUGGUGGAAGCACUGGGUGCUUAUAAGGAACUCUGUGCAAAGUUGUCGGCUGUAACAGUCAUAUUCCCAAAUUGAUAUAUAUAUUUUUAACAGUAAUAAAGAACAUAUUUAAUGUGUUAUUCAAUGUCAUCAUUAUCUUUGAUUGUGAACUCUCAGUUAGGAAGUUUCCUGGUUACUGUUUUUUAUCAAUUUGUAUAGUUUGAUACAAAAAAUGAAGUUUUAGUAACUCCUAAUUGCUGUAUGACAUUUUUCAACUUUAAGAAUCAACUUUUUUUUUUUGAAGAGAUGAUCUAUUUUUAAACGAUUUUUCCAUGUGUUGACACUGAUAAUGUGACAUUUUAUAUUAAAGCAAAUACCGUCAUGUGAAUACCUGUCCAUCAUGAAUGACAAAUCAGCUCAUGUUUAAUUAAAGAAAACAUUUUGGUGAUUGUAUAGAUUUUAACACUGUUACUUAAUUAAUGUAUGUUUUCCAAUGAUUUUCAAUUCAUUGUAUUAAAUAAUGUGCCAUGCUUUAUAUGCUAUCCAUAAAAUCUCAUGCCAUGAAUCAAUAAAGUGGCUCGUCAUUACUGAUUUAU